GUUUUUUCAUAAUUGUGACAAAAGUAAAUGAACAAUGAAAACGACUUAAACAAAACUUGAUGAACUUUAAAACCCAUGAGGACACAAUUUUUCAAUAAAAAAUUGGAAAAAGAAAAAAGGACACAAUUUUCCAACUUUUUGUAUAGCCGCAGAGAAAAAAGGCCAUUGAAAACCUCAAUCACAGUGAAGGUCUAAUGGCUUCAAAUCCAGAUCAAGAAAAAAAAACCUACAACAAAAAGCUCAAUCUCAUUGAGUAUUAACAAAUGACAAAAAGAUGCAAAAAGAAAAAGGUAGAUAGUUUUUAUCACCUGGUGGGUCAUCAAAGGAAACAAAUUGCAGUCCAUUUUUGUGAAAUUGUGCUGGUAAAUAGCCAAGAUCAUCAGAAGCCCACAUAGCAAAUAUCCAUGGCGGCCUCUACUGUUUCAGCUCCACCAAACCCUGCUUCAUCUCUCUUCGCGGCAAUCGACAUGGGAACCAACUCCUUCAAGAUGCUCAUCGCACGCGCAUAUCCGAACGGCAAAUUUUUCACCGUCGAACACCUCAAAGAGCCCGUGGUCCUUGGCCGUGAUACCUCCUCUGACGCUGCUCCUUUCAGGUUCUCAGUCAACUCCGAGACCCGUGCAGUCGAAGCCCUGCAAGGGUUUCAGCGGGUCUUGAAGUCCUACAAGAUCAGCGAAGCUCGAACCCGUUGCGUAGCCACCGCUGCGGUGCGUGAAGCUGUGAAUAAAUUCGAGUUCGCAGAGCGUGUGAAGGAAAAGACUGGACUUGAAGUCGAAGUGCUUCCCGGUGAAGAGGAAGCGAGGCUUGUGUAUCUGGGUAUGCUUCGGUUUUUACCGAUAUACGAUAAACAGGCAUUGGGUGUGGAUAUUGGAGGUGGGUCUACUGAAUUCGUGAUUGGGAAGCAAGGGAAUGUGAAAUUCCGUGCAUCAUUGAAGUUGGGUCAUGUCAUUUUGACCCAAAAGUUUGGAAACAGUAAUGAGGAAGUGGAAAGUAUGAGGAAGUAUAUAAGGUCGGUAAUUGAACAAUCUGGUCUGGUUGAGAACAUAAAAAAGUGUGGUUUUGAAGUGGCUGCUGGGUCAUCUGGUACUAUCCGAGCGGUUGAGGAGGCUGUCUCUCACGGAUAUGCAAGUGCAAGGGACAACUUUGAAGAUGUGAAGGUGUUUGGGGAGUGUAAAAGGGAGUGGAAAUUGAGUAGAGGAGAAUUGGGAGGUAUUGUUGAAAGGUUGUGUGGUGGAGGAGAGGGAGAGAAGAUAAGGAAAGAUAAGUUCUUUAAAAGGCGCUCGGAGUUUAUUGUUGCUGGGGCCGUGUUGUUGGAGGAGAUAUUUAAAGCUCUUGAAAUUGAGGAGGUGGAGGUUUCUGGGUAUGCAUUGGCAGAAGGUGUUCUUGCAGAGAUGUUGAUGAAGGCUUAUGAUAUUUGUGAUACGAAUGAUAAUGGGAGGUGGUGUUCUGUAGUGCAGCUUGCAGCAAGGUUCAAUAACAAGAAGAGGAUGAUAGCUGCUUCUCAAUGUGCUAGCAUUGCAAAGGAUAUUUUUGAAGAUUUAAGGAGAUGUACUGAACUUGCUGACAAUCAAGUUGUUGGGUCUUUAGAUGACAAGGAUCUUGAAUAUCUCGAAGCUGCAUGUAUGCUUCAUAAUAUUGGGCAUUUCACUGGUAAAAAGGGUUUCCAUAAACAGUCUUACCUUAUCAUCAUGAAUGGUGACAGUCUUCGUGGUUAUAGCACUGAGGAAGUCAAGUUGGUAGCACUACUCGUGAGACAUCACAGGAAGAAAUUACCAAAGCUGGAUCAUGCUUCCUUUAAGGAAUUUCCAAAAGAGUUGAAGAAGAAAUUGAAUUUUCUAAGUGCGAUUGUACGUAUAUCCAUAGCACUAUGGCAACACCGAUGCAUGAACUGUCCAGACGGGGAACAUUCUUAUUCUUGUGAAGGUUUCAAACUGGCAUAUAAAGUUUCAAAGGAUCAAAAUUUUUUGCCUAGGACUGUACAGCCUUUAGCUGAGAACAUUGGGGAAGAUUUAAGGAAAGAGUUGGAACACUUCAAGAUGGUUUUCCAUCAAGAUUUGUUCCUUGUAGUUCCUCCGAGCACUUCAUAAAAUGAGAUAUUGCACAAGUGGGUUGUUAAAUGGUGUCUUACAAAAAUUCAUAAAACCUCAGCCCUUUUUUAAGGCUACAUCCUUCUAUAAUGUUGUUUAAUAAUUUCAAAGUGGUACGUCAGUCUGUUGAAAAGAAAAUGGUUGCGCAUUUCCUGGAAUGAACAAAGCCAGAACCUAUAUGUUCAAGCGAAGAGAAGAAGAUCCAUUAAAUUUUCUUUUGAGGCCUCUACUGUAGCGCUGAGAUUCUAGAAUGCCAGAUUUCUUGAACCACAACUAUUCAGCCACGGUCCUGGUGAUAAUCGAGCUUUUAUGUUUGAGUUGGAAAAUCAACUUUUCGUCAUACCUGAGAGAUAUUGAGUGCUUAGCUGGAAGUUCCAACUGGCACAUGUGAGGAACACCGGUAGCAAAACAAUUUCUGAUGACAUUGCAAUGAGGGAACUGUAGAGGUCAAUAGGCUAAAGCUUUGGAGUGCCUAGGAUGAGAGAAAUUGUGGAUUUGCAGCUGAUAUGGUAGCCACAGUCAGCAAUAAAUACUUGUGAAGCAAAAGUGCAUAUGAGAUUGUUGUCAUGUAUACCGCCCAAAAAGCUUGCUUGUUUCUCACUUGUAUCCAGGCUUAUUUUGUUUGGAUAAAGAGAAAAAGGUAAAAUUGAAAAAGAAAAAUACCUUUUUAUGUUUCUGUCAGUUUCUGAAUUCUGUAUCAAGAUCCACCAUUACAUAUAGAGAGUAAAUUUAAAAAUCCUUAACUCCCCAAUUAGAGAUUUUCCCUUUUGUUUUGUUUUCUAUAAUUAUGGCAUAAAAAAUCAAACAUCUGUACUGGGAAAGUUGGGUCAUUGCUGGCUUAACAUUUGUGUGCUUUUUGAUUUCUUUAUCUCAAAUAAUUGAUGCA